AUGUCUAUCGCAACGAGCAUACUCCCUACAGAUAACAAGUCUACGACAUCCUCACUGUCGAGGACACCCCUUUGGCCAAGAUCGGUCACACCUACUUCCCCUAUAAACAACUCGUUACGUAGAAAAGGCUCAUUCCUCCGCCAUGAUUCAUCGGAAGAGAUACCUAGUUCACACGAUUCCAUAUUCGAAGCUUACUACCUUUCUGGCAGUGAAGGAAGCUUCCACAAGGCCGAGUUGAUCGAUAUUCCAAGCCGCGUUCCCAGACUCAUGCUACGAAAUGACGAGAAUAGUCGAGCAACCUCGCCUUCUAGUGUCGCGGAUACGAUCCCAUUCCGCUACGGCAAUGGAACGGUACUUGACACGAUCACGGAGCAGAAAAGCGUAGCCACUCUCCGGAGCAAAAAUACGAGAACCAAGUCCGCGGAAGCCAGCCCGAACGUGCCAUUCCUAACCCACCGAGACAGUUUCAUAUUAUCGAAGACCCCUCGCCGGAUGGUGUCCUUCAGUCUCGAUGAUAUCGAGCUCAUCAAGCAGUCCUACCAUGACGCAUGCACUACAAUUAAGAAGGAGGCUUUCCAGCCCCUGCUUCUUGAGCACAUAUACGCGGAACCGAAGACUCCUAUUCACGCACCGCCUGAUAGACCUCCAACUCCUGAGGGCAUGCCAUCGUGGACGGAGGCUCAAAAAAGACCUAUCCUGCCACGACGCAGACCACAGCCUGUUAAGCAGAACAUCUUCCGAAAAUUCCUGGGUAUGCCAGGAUUCCCUAAGAAAACAUCUUCUCAGGAGAGAGAUAGAACCUUAUCUGCGCCAGUAAGAGGCCGUACAGCUCCGCGGUUCCGCCCUCCAAAGAGUGUCUAUGGUCCUAUCGAUCAACAUCCAUUCUUCAGUGCCCCAUUGGCGCGAAUAGAUGAGCCUCAACCGGUAUUCGCAAGCGGUACUCUUGACCCUACCUCUGCUAUCAUGCCCAAAAGUAAGCGUUUACGCAAGGAACACAAAGUCAGAUUUGCAACCUCUGCAACGGCCCAGGACUCUGAGUUCAACGUCCCUCAAGCUGCGGUUGAGUCGACGGUAGACGUUGCACCUCAUCCAUUCCAACCAUUUCAGAGUACUGUUACGGAACUGUCAAACAAGGAACCUUGCACGCAUCGAAAGACCAGCGGCGGGAGUACAAGGCUUAGGAAACCGGUACCUGGCCAUCUCUUGGGAGCAGAAUACACACUUGUGCCUCUGCCUCCGUCUCCUGAACCUCCUCGUGGUGUCCAGCCUUAUCUUCGGCCAUAUCCGAUUGGCUCUCCAAUCGAUCAUACACCCAUAUGUCGGGUUCUUCCCGAAUCUACCACCAAUAGCCAGCUCACACAGAACGAGCUUGACUCUCUCUGCGUCCUCGACAGCCCCCGUGCCCGCUCCUUCUCUAUCUCGUCAACUAGCCACCUCAUGUCCGGUGCCCUGAACGCGCCGUCUUCCCCGCCGCUCAUGGUUCCGCUACCUACUUCGCAUGAGUCUCCUGAACUCAAGAAGGAGCAGGCUUGGUGCUGGAGAUGCUCGCUCCAGUCCGCGCUCGGAAAGCUGGAUCAGUGGUGGUUGAAAAGCGCCGGAUGCAUGUGCUUUGUAUGCUGUGGCUUUGAUACAGAUGGGGAUGGUAGAGGGGUAAGGAAAAUUAUUAAAAAUAUGGCUGGAGAGGGUGAGGAUGUUAACAGGGCGAGGGUAGUGGUCAUGAGUCAGACACCAGCUAAGGUUCUCUGA